AAAUAACCUAAUUUAUGAAUAUUCAUAAAAGGAAGUAGGCUUAUAACCAAGAAAUAUUCUAUAAUACAUGCUUUUCUCAUCGUUCACUUCAGAUAGAAAUCUCGCUGUUUAAAAAAGAAAAAAAAGGACUAAAAAAAAAGUAUAAAAAAGAAAGAAAGAAAAAAUUUUAUGCUAGAAAUUAUGUCUGAAAAUAGUAAAAUGCAGUUAACACCAAUAGAUAUUAUCAGGAAAAGUGCAGGUUAUUUAGCUGGAGUUUGUGGAGGAUGUGCUGGAUUAGUGUUUGGACAUCCUUUUGAUACUAUUAAAGUACGACAACAGACCUUAGGAGGUAGUUGUGGUACAAUAGCAAAUUGCUUAAAAAUAUCACUUACCAUUGAAGGACCAAGAGGAUUGUUUAAAGGAUUAGCAUUUCCGCUAGUGUCUGUUGGACUAUUGAAUGGUUUGUUUUUUGGAGUCUAUGGGAACAUAAGACCAUUUGUUGGAAAUACUUACUCCGAUAUGUUUAUCGCUGGAGGAAUAGCUGGAGCCGUUCAGGGAAUACCCGGAUGCACAAUCGAAUUAAUAAAAGUUAAACUUCAGAGUCAAAUGGGAGGUAAAAAUCGUUAUCAAGGACCAUAUGAUUGUUUUCGUAAAAUAUAUAUGGAAUACGGUAUACGCGGCUGCUUUAAAGGACUGCCCGCUACAAUUUGUAGAGAAGUGAUUGGUUUCGGAAUAUAUAUUACAACAUACGAGGCAUUGUGCAAGUAUGGAACACCAGAGGGACACCAACAAACUCCGAUUAGAGUGAUGCUAAUUGCUGGAGGUUUGGGAGGAGUUUUUUCAUGGAUUGGAAAUAUACCAAUGGAUAUAAUUAAAAAUCGUCUUCAAGCAGAUGAUAUGAAAUCUCCUACGUAUAGAAACUCAUGGCAUUGUAUAGUAGCCAGUUUUAAGAAAGACGGAGCAAGAGUAUUUUGGAAAGGCUUACCGAUUACCUGUAUAAGAGCGUUUCCCGUAAAUGCUGUAACAUUUGCAGUUUAUUCCCAAUCGUUUGCAGCAAUUCAAAGACUGUAGAAGAUAUAUUAAGUUAGCUUUUUUAUUAUAAAGCUAUGCGAUAAAAAAAAAUCUCAUUGAUUUAUUAACCUUAUUUUUGGACGAAGCGUUGUAUUUAUUAUAUAUUUUCAACGUUCCAGAGUGUCCGUCGUAUAAAUUGCGGAUAUUCCGCAGCUAAUUUGUUACUUUUUGCUGAAGAGGCACAAUCAUUAAGAUCAUUGUCGUUUCCAUUCAUAUUUAGCGAAGAGUAUUUAUCUUUUUGUAAAAGAUAAUUAAAGACUAUAAUUACGAUAGAAUAAGUG